AUGGGGAGCCCUUCGUCUCCUAACCUUUAUGCAUGCAUGCGCAGAUCCUCUGUGGGUCUUGCUGCUGCUGCUGUUCUUAUUGCUGCUCUUUCUGGGACGCAGCAGCAUGCAGAGGCCGGGCCGGCGGGGGCCCUCUUGGGUUCUCUGCAAGCAGGUCCUUUCUUCCUCCGCUCCCCCUCCCAGCAGCAACAGCAGGACCAGCAACAGGAGCAGCAGCAGGAAGGAUCCGCUGCUGCAGGUGGUACAGCAGCAACAGGAGCAGCAGGGAGAGGGCUUAAGUUCCCGCUGCUGCAGUCUGUAUUCAGCAGCAGCACAUCUCCGUUAGGGUUUAUUGCUAAUGCUAUUGAAGGUGACGCAUCUAACAAGAGAGACACUCCUGCUGCUGCUGCUGCUGCUGUCCUUAGUGGCCUUUCUGCCGACCCUCCGCUGCUGUGGCCGCAACAGCAGCAGCACAAGGAACAGCAGCAGGAACUGCAGCAGGAGCUGCAGCAGGUACAACAGCAGGCACCGGAGCAAGAACAGCGAGAGCCCCAGCAGCAGCAGCAACAACAGCAGCAGCAGCAGCAGGAGACAGAGACGGAGCUGGUGAACCCUCACCAACAACAGCUACUCGAGCAGGUGCUGCUGCGUCCUGCUGCAGAGGAAAUGCUGCAGCAGCAGACUGCACCAAACGCAAGUGCAGCAACACCAACUGCAGCUGCAGCAACUGCAUCAGCAGCAAUUGCAACAGCAGCAACCCAACCCGUCCCGGUUCUCUCGGGUGCUCCGCUGCAGCAGGUACAGCAGGUAGACGCGCAGCAGCAGCAGCCACUGCAGCAAAACCAGCCACUGCAGCAACACCAGCCACUGCAGCAACAGGCACUGCAACAGCAGCCAGUCCAGCAGCAGCCACUGCAGCAACAGCCACUGCAACAGCAGCCAGUCCAGCAGCAGCCACUGCAGCAACAGGCACUGCAACAGCAGCCAGUCCAGCAACAGCCACUGCAGCAACAGGCACUGCAGCAGCAGCCAGUCAAGCAGCAGCCACUGCCACUGCUGCAGCAGCCACUGCUGCAGCAGCCUCUGCUGCAGCAGCCACUGCUGCAGCAGCCACUGCCGCUGCAGCCACAGCCGCUGCUGCAGGAGAACCUGCUUUGGCAACAACUGACCUCAAUGCAGCAGCAAACGCAGCAGCAACAGCAACUGCAGCAGCAGGUGCUGCAGCAGCAGCCAUUUGGUUUAGCAGGAGAUGCUGCUGCUGCACCCGCUACAGCGACAACAGAUCCAACAGCAGCGGCAGCAGCCGCAACAGCAACAACAGCAGCAAUAGCUGCAGCUGCAACCCCACAGCAGCAAGAUGGGCACCAGGAACACCUGCUGCAAGAGCAACACAUGCAGCAGGAGAUCGUAGUGCAGCAGCAAGGAGAGCAGCAGCAGCAACACCAACAGCCACAGGGUCCGCUGCAACUUGAGCAGCACUUGCAUGAGCAUCAGCAAGUAGAGAAACAACAGCAACAGCAGCAGCUGGAGCAGCAUCAGCAACAGCAGCAGCUAGAGCAGCAAGAGCAACAGCAGCAGCAGCAGCAUCAGGUAGAGCAGCAGCUGCUGCCAAACGCACAGCAGGCAGCCUCACUGCAGCAAGAACUGCUGCAGGACGUCCCAGAGAUACCAAUAGAGCAGCUGCGGCCGCAGCAGCAGCACCAGCAGCAGGAGCAGCAAGCGCAGCAGCAGCAGGAACAGCAGCAGCAGGAGCAACAUGAACAUUUGCUGCACCAGACGCCGCUGCAGCAAGAAUACUUGCCGCUGCAGCAGCAGCAAGGUCAGCAGCAGCUGCUGCCGCCGCCGACACAGGAGACAGCACAGGAACAUCCUGUACAGCAAGCACCACUGCAACAAGAGCAACUGCAGCAGCAAAAGCUGCAGCAGCAGCAACAACAGCAGCAGCAGGCGAGUCAAUCAAACACAUUGCACCACGAACUGCAGCAGGAACUGCUCCCCUCCGACCUGCUGCAGCAGCAAGGCCAGCAGCAGCCAGUGCAACAGCAACAGCUGCAGCAACAACCGCUGCAGCAACAACCGCUGCAGCAACAACCGCUGCAGCAGCAAGUGGUGCAGCAACAACCGCUGCAGCAACAACCGCUGCAGCAACAACCGCUGCAGCAGCAAGUGGUGCAGCAACAACCGCUGCAGCAACAACCGCUGCAGCAGCAAGUGGUGCAGGAACAACCGCUGCAGCAGCAAGUGGUGCAGGAACAACCGUUGCAGCAGCAAGUGGUGCAGGAACAACCGCUGCAGCAGCAAGUGGUGCAGGAACAACCGCUGCAGCAGCAAGUGGUGCAGGAACAACCACAGCAGCAACAGCCGCUGCAGCAGCAACCGCUGCAGGAGCAGCAGGCGUUGCAGCAAUCGCCGUUGCAGCAACAGCCGUUGCAGCAGCUGCUUCUAGAGCAACCGUUGCAGCAACCGCCGCUGCAGCAGCAACCGUUAGAGCAGCAGCAGCCGCUACAGCAGCAGCAGCCGCUACAGCAGCAGCGGCCGCUACAGCAGCAGUCACUACAGCAGCAGCAGCCACUACAGCAGCAAGUCUUAGCGCAGCAUCAACUGUUAGAGCAGCAGCAACCGUUAGAGCAGCAGCAGCCGUUGCAGCAGCAGCAGCUACAACAAGAGACGCUACAGCAGCAACCGUUACAACAGCAGCAGUCGUUGCAGCAGCAGCAGCUACAGCAGCAACCGUUAGAGCAGCAGCAGCUGUUGCAGCAGCAGCCGCUACAGCAGCAACCGUUAGAGCAGCAGCAGCCGCUACAGCAGCAACCGUUAGAGCAGCAGCAGCUGUUGCAGCAGCAGCCCCUACAGCACCAGCCUCUACAGCAGCAGCCGCUCCAGCAGAUGCAGCUGCAGCAGCCGCUGCAAGAGCAACUGGUGCAGCAGCAGCCGCUGCAGCAGCCACCAGUGCACCAGCAAGUACAGCAGCAGCAACCGCUGCAGCAGCAGCCACUGCAACAUCAACAGCAGCACCAGCAAGUUCAGCAGGAACAGCCUCCGCAGCAGCAGGUGCAGCAGGAGCAGCAACAGCAGCAAACCCUGCCAUUGCAACCCCUACAACAGCAGCCGUUGCAGCAGCAAUCGUUGCAGCAGCAGCCAUUGCAACAGCAACUGCAGCAGCAGCAGCCACUACACCAGCCACUGCAGCAGCAACUGCAGCAAACGCUGCACCAGCAGCAGCAACCAAUGCAACAGCAGGAGCCACUCCUGCAGCAGCAGCCACUGCAGCAGCAGGAGCCACUUCUGCAGCAGCAGCCACUGCAGCAGCAGCAGCCCCUGCAGCAGCAGCCACUGCAGCAGCAGCAGCCACUGCAGCAGUCAUUGAAGCAGCCGCUGCAGCAACCACUGCAGCAGCAGCAGCAAUUGCAGCAGCAAUUGCAGCAGCAAUUGCAGCAGCAAUUGCAGCAGCAAUUGCAGCAGCAAUUGCAGCAGCCAUUACAACAGCCAUUACAACAACCAUUGCAGCAGCCAUUGCAACAGCCGUUGCAACAGCCACUGCAGCAGCAACUGCAGCAGCAACUGCAGCAGCAGCCACACUACUCUACCGAAGCGGCGUUACAGCAGCAGCUGCAGCAGCUGCAGGAGCAGCAGCGCUUGAUUGCGGAGCAGCAACAACAGCUGCAGAUGCUGCAGCAGCAGCAGUCACUGCAGCAGCAGCAGCUGCCGUUUCCUCCGGAGCAGCAUGGAGGUAUACCGCCGCUGCUGGAUAAUUCCUAUCUUCAGCAGCAGCAGCAGCAGCAACUGCAGCAGCAACAGCAGCAGCAGCUGAAGGGUCCUGAAAGUGUCUUCGAUGAAGCUCCUGAGGCCUUGUCUUCUUACCUAGAAAUGGCCCCCCUUAAGAAUGUCCCUUUGCAUGCAACUGGUGCGCUGCAGCAGCAGCAGCAGCCGCAGCAGCAGCCGCAGCCGAUUACACCUGAAGCAUUAUCUGCAGCAGCAGAAUGGCAUUCGCAGCAGCAGGAGCAGCAAGGUUACCCGCUGCAGCACGUGCUGCAGCAGCAGCUGGUGCAGCAGCACCUUACUCGAUCAGGUAUGGAUAUAGCACCUCCUACGAUGCCUCCUCUACCAUCCCCUGAGGCAGCAGCAGCAGCAGAUGCAGCAGCAGCAGCAGCAGCAGGGGGAGGUGAAGGCCCCGGAGGUUUAUUAAGGAGGCCCCUAGCAGCAAUAGAAAAUACAGUUAAUCAAUUGGGGCCCCUAGUGGGUAUACCAUUAGGGGGCCCCUCUGCUGAUUCAGCAGUAAGAAGUACAGAAUCCGUUGGUGGGGCUACCUCUCUCUUAGGGGGGGCCCCCUCCCUCCUAGGAACAACCUCUUUGUUGGGGGCCCCACUUUCAGGGGCCCCAAUGGGGGGCCCCCUUGCAGGAUUAGCUGCAGGGGAAUUACUUUCUGCACCUAAUAUAAUAAAUGGUGCAACAAACUUUGCUGCAGCAACAGGAAAGUUAGCAGAGGCAGGAAAUAAUAUAAUGAAUUCUCUUCCUAUGGAGGAAAUCAUGGAGGCAGCAAAGAAUGUACAAAAAGAAGGAAUAAAAACGCAUGCAGGCAUAGAUAUUGAUGAUCCUAGAAUGAAGCCAGCAGUCCGUUGUGCUGGUGCGGGUAUGACGUGCUGUGUACCUGAGGCAGCAGCACCAAAAGAUUGGCGACAAAAACCCCCAACAUUGAAUAAUAUGCCUGAGACACAAAAGCAUUGCAGGGCACACUUUGUACCUAUGCAGAAUGCUUUAUGUGCUACUACUACCUAUGAAGUAAUACAAUUCUUCUUAAGGGGUCGUGACACUUGUGGUCUAAGUAAGACGGAGACUCAUGAGUAUGAUGUUUAUCGUCAUACAAUGACGAUGCGUCAUCGUGGGCAGAAGGCAAUAUGCGAGUGCCGUCGUCAUAAGACGCAAGCAGCAGCAGCAGCAGCAGCAGCAGGAGCAGGAGGAGGAGGAGGAGGAGAGGAUUAUAUAAAUGAUGGAGAAAAAGGACCUAUUGAGGGUUUUGCUGCAUGGGAGGUAACAAAGAAACAAAAACAAGAAAAAAAGGAAAUAGAAGGAAAUAACGCAAAGAUGGCGCAAGGGUUAGGUGCAACAUUAAAGAUAGCACAAUUAUUAAGAGAUAAGGCACCAGAGGCGCAGCAGCUGCUGCUGCAGCUGCAGCAGCAGCAGAAUCCAGCUGCAGCAGCAGCAGCAGCAGCAGCAAAUGCUGCAGCAGCAGCAAAUCAAGCGGCUCCAACCCUUGCUGCUGCACAACUAGCACAAGCUGCUGUCUAUCCUGCUGCUGCUGCUGCAGGCAUGCAGCAGCAGAUACCAUUAUCUGCUGCACAAGGAUUCACUGCAGCAGCACCAACACCUGCUGCAGCAUUAGUAGCACCUGCUGCAGCAUUAGCAGCACCUGCACCAGCAUUAGCAGCACCUGCUCCAGUAUUAGCUGCACCCGCAGCAGCAACAAUACCCGCAGCAGCAGCAAUACCUGCAGCAGCAGCAAUACCUGCAGCAGCACCAAUACCUGCAGCAGCACCAAUACCUGCGGCAGCAGCAAUACCCGCAGCAGCAGCAGCAGCAGCACCUUUAUCAUCUCGCGCGCUGCUGCCACAAGGAGUUGUCUUUGGUGCAUCUGCAGCAGAAGCAGCACCAGAAGGAACUCAUGCUGCACUGCAGCAGCAGCAGCAAGACCUGGCCCAGCAGCAGCUGCUGCAGCAACAACUUGUUAGUCAGCAAUUGAUGCAACAGCAUCUGCUGCAGCAGCAACUCCAACAGCAGCAGCAGCAGCAGCAGUUCUCUCCUGCUGCACCCAGCGCCACAAGCAUUCGCGCCCUUUCGCUGCCGCAGCAGCAAACCAACUUUCUGCAGCAGCAAGACUUGCUGCAGCAACCGGAUUUGCUGCAGCAACAGGAUUUGCUGCAGCAGCAGAGCUUGCUGCCACAGCAGGACUUGCUACAACAGCAGCCAAUCCCCGAGCAGCCACUCUCUCCUCUACCCCAGCAGCAGUUGCUGCAGCAGCAGCCAGUCCCCCAGCAACAGCUGAUGCAGCAGCAGCCACUCCCUCACCAACAAUUCGCUGACCCUCAGCUGCAGCAGCAGCAGCAGCAGCAACAGCAGCAGCCGCACCGGUACCACAUGUUUACGAAUGCGCAGCAGGCAGAGCAGCAUCUGCAGCAACUAUCGCUGCAGCAGCAGCUUCCUCAACAAAAUAUAGCAUCUCUAUCCCAGCAGCAGCCUAUGUUGCAGCAACAGCAGCAGCAGCAACAGCCCGUGCUGCAGCAGCAGCAGCAAUCUCUUUUACCUCUUCUUGGUAGUCUGAGCCCUUCUCAGGCAACAGACGUAGCAUCACGUGCUGCUGCUGCAGUAGGUGCCUUUAUCCGCAGCGGCAGCGGCAGCAGCAGCAGCAGCAGCAGCAGCAAGAAAGAUAUUGAUUGGGUAGAUAGGAUAGCAGAUAAGUUGCUGCAAGAAGGAAAUAAAACACCAGCAGGUGCAGCAGUUAAUAGAGCCUUUGAUGACUUCCUCUCUGUUGCUCAGCGGGCAUAA